AUGACCGACAAGCCCGGUCCCACGAAAGAUUUGCUCCUCCCGGCUGCGCCUAUCGUCUCCUACCAGGCCGCGGAUGUCAAUAAUCAUUUACUCCCACCUAUCUCUGCUUGGUUUCCUUACCUUCCCUCUGUCGCACCUCUCCUCCAGCAUCAUCCUCCUCCCUGCCCCAGCAAUGGAAGCGAUAUGCUGGAAAACCAUCCUGGGCCGUCUUUCAACGUCCUGGCGCUUACCUUCGAUAGCCCGAACUAUGAGAGGGCGGACGUGAUUAGAGGUGAAGACCGGGCUGGUCGAGAGCCGAGCAUAGAGGUGUCUCCCCGGGAUACCAGCAAACUUGGUGGAGGAUGGGACUGGGGAGCUGCUCUUGAGGUUAUCACGGUUUCCGCGGCCCCCGCUCUCCCUCUCCUCCACCCUCGCCUGUCUCCAACACCACUCACCACCAACAAUCUCCAUCCAUAA